AUGUCAGCCAAGAAGCCCAGAACCUGCAAGCAGCCACCUGCGUCCUCGGAUUCGGAUGAAUGCUGGCGUUCGUGGGCUGAGACCUGGGCAUGUUGGGAUCCCAAUCCUUCAACAAAGGAAGAGCUCCUGCGAGUGGUGAAGAACGGAGAAAUACAGAGGAUUCGAAAGCUACUUGGGAACCGCUUGGAAUUCGGCACUGCUGGACUACGGGGGCCCAUGGGUAUAGGCAGUUCUUGCAUGAAUGAUCUAGUGGUCUUGCAGAGCACGCAGGGUGUGUGUGCAUACCUCGAGUCUGUCUUUGGGGCGGAGGCCAAGCGCCGUGGCGUUUGUGUGGGUUUUGAUCAUCGUGCUGGAGCAGGAUGCUCUUCAAAAAGCUUUGCAACGCAGGUGUCCAAGGUCUUCCUAAGCAGAGGUUUCACGGUGUGGCUCUUCAGGGAUUUGGUUGCGACACCCUUUGUCCCCUGGUGCAUAGAGCAGCGUGGCUGCUGCGCGGGUAUUAUGAUCACCGCCUCCCAUAAUCCAGCUGCAGACAACGGAUACAAGCUCUAUUGGAGCAAUGGGGCACAAAUCAUACCUCCACAUGACGCAAAGGUUGCCGCUUUGAUCGAUGACAACUUGGAACCUUGGACUGAGAUGCAACAAACCGAAGUAACUACAAAUCCUUUGUGCAAAGACCCCGGGGUGGAAGGAGUGAUUGCUAGUUACUUCGAGCGCUUGAAGUCUCUCAAAUGCUUGAAGUCUCUCAACGUAGAAGUGCUCCCUGUGGUCUAUACUGCCAUGCAUGGUGUUGGAUGCCCUUUCGUGCAGCAAGCCUUCGAUGCAUUCGGGCAUGGACGGGAAUCGCUACGCUUAGUUGGUGCGCAGUGUGAGCCUGACCCGAGUUUCCCAACUGUGGCUUUCCCCAACCCCGAAGAAGGCAAGGGGGCUUUGCAGCUGGCUUUUCAAGAGGCAGAUUCCGCCAAGUGCAACCUGGUCAUUGCAAAUGACCCAGAUGCUGACCGCCUGGCUGUGGCAGAGCGGAAUUGCGGUGAAUGGCAUGUCUUCAGUGGCAAUGAGCUGGGGGCCUUGCUGGGUCAUUGGGCCUUCCGUUGUUGGCAGCUUAGGAAUGACAAGAAUCCGAAGGCGGACGUAUCGAGAGUUUGUAUGGUCGCCUCGACAGUGUCCUCGAAGUUCCUCAAGCACCUUGCUGCCAAGGAAGGCUUUCGUUUUGUGGAGACUCUGACGGGCUUCAAGUGGAUGGGUUCACGUUCGGCUGAACUUCGAAACGAAGGCUUCGAAGUGAUCUUUUCCUAUGAAGAGGCCAUUGGCUUCUGCGUGGGUGAUAUGGUGAAGGACAAAGAUGGUGUAGCAGCCGCGGCGGUUUUUGUUGAGAUGGCGAAAGCUUUGCGCAAUGAGGGCACUACAUGUUUCCAGCACUUGCACAAACUCUAUUUGGAGUAUGGGAGGCCACUAUUGCUGCAAAGUUAUGUGAAGUCUCCUGAUCCAUCUGUGACCAGAAAACUGUUUGAGGCGCAAAGGGGAGGCGACCAGAAGUCUUAUCCAAAGUGCUUGGGAGGUUUUGUGGUGACUGGCGUUCGGGACCUGACAGUUGGCUAUGAUAGCCGCACACCAGAUGGUGUGCCAGAGCUUCCUCUAAACUUGGGAGGGGAGAUGAUCACCUACUACUUUGAUGCAGUGGAAGCAGACGUUACUUUGCGCUCAUCCGGCACAGAGCCCAAAAUCAAGUUCUAUUCCGAGAUGCGCAGUGAUAAGGGAGAUGUCUCAGAGCUUCGUAAAUUGGUCCGCGCGGUUGUGUGCACCUUGCUGGAUCCUUUUGCACAUGGCUUGGAGGUGAGACCUGAAGACCAGGAGCUUCUCACCAAGCAAGACCAGGGCUAG